AUGUCAGCAACUCAAGGCAUCAACGUAGCCAUCAUCGGCGUCGGUCUCGUUGGAACCUCGGUCAUCCAACAGCUCACCACCGUCUCUUCUCUCGCAUCCAAGCUGCACAUUGUAGCAUUGCAAAACAGCAAAAAGACGCUCCUCAGCACACUCACUUCUCCUAUCUCGCUCACCAGCUCGGCUGACUGGAAGUCGCUGCUCGCCAACAGUCCCACCUCGGCUCUUGCGCUGCCCGACCUCGUUCUCGAGCUGCAAAAGAUCACCCGCGAUUCGGGACGUCACACCGCCGUCGUCGACAACACCUCCGAUGAAAAGGUCGCCGCCUUCUACCCGCACUUCCUCGCUGCUGGUCUCAGCGUCGUGACCCCCAACAAAAAGGCUUUCUCUGGACCAAUCGAGUUGUACGAGGAUAUCCUGAAGCACAAGUCGAACGACCUUGCUGGCUCGAAGGGAGCUCUCGUGUACCAGGAGUCCACCGUGGGUGCUGGUCUUCCCAUCAUCUCUACCCUCAACGACCUGGUCAACACCGGUGACGAAAUCACCAAGAUCGAAGGUGUCUUCUCCGGAACCCUCUCGUACAUCUUCAACGAGUUCUCCACCCCGAAAGGUGGGGACAAGAAGUUUUCCGACAUUGUCAAGUUUGCCAAGGAAAACGGCUACACCGAGCCUCACCCCAACGACGACCUGUCCGGCUCGGACGUCGCACGCAAACUCGCCAUUCUGUCGCGACUUGUUCCCGAGCUCAAAGAUGCUCUUCCUCAAGGAUACCUCAGCGUGCCCACCCACUCCCUCACCCCUGCACCACUAGCCGACGUCGCUUCCGGCGAAGAAUACGUCCAGCGUCUCCCCGAAUUCGACGCCGACUACGACAAGCUCAACAAGGAAGCCUUCGACAACGGUUCCGUCUUGCGCUACGUCGGUGUCAUCGACGUCAAAUCCAAACAGAUCAAGGCAAGCCUCGAAACAUACCCAGCGACUCAUCCUUUCGCUUCCUCGUUGAGCGGUUCGGACAACAUCGUCGCUUUCCACACAAAGAGGUAUUCGGCCAGACCCCUGUUGGUGCAAGGAAGCGGUGCAGGUGCCGACGUUACCGCUAUGGGCGUCGUUGCUGAUCUCAUCAAGAUCGCUGAACGUCGAUCGUAG